AAGACGUGUAGAUAAUUUAACAUUUGAAGCAAAUUUAGUUAAGACCUACCUUUCUAUAAUGUAUUAACCGGAAAUGUGUAACAUACCUAUGUCUCGAUUUAUAAUGGAUAUGUCUAUGUUUUAACAAGCCAGAGAGAUAAACACGUUUUAGUGUUUCACAUAUAUGUGAUCAGUACGACGGCGCGGUUAUGACGAAUCACAUACCUGGACCAGAGUUUUGUUUGAAGACGAAGAUACGUAUUAUAAAACAGCUUCGUAUUUGCUUCGCGUUACAUGUAAAUACAAGACAUGGCGAGUCUAGCCGAUGUACUCUCGGAGAAGGAAAGGACGAACUGGUUGAAGGCAUGGCUGGCACUUGACAUUGCAAAGUCUGGAUUGCAGAAAUUCGUACAAACAGAGGCUCAGAAUUUCCACACAAGUAUUUUCAGCCCAAUCUGGUCAAGUAUGCAGGCACCAGCAUCGUGCAUUGGCUGUAAUACUGCCAAUUUGUUAAAAUGCCCAACACCUGGCGUGUGCAAUAAACGCCGACCCAAUUCGUUUUGUACUGCCAUACACGACACAGUAGAAAAUCAAACGCGAGCGUGUCCUUUGAAUAUAUGUGAUCAGGUUCGGGUCGAAAUAGAAAAGUACCACCGAUACAACAGGCCGUCAUGGAAGUGUACAUCGGCAAAUCAAUGGGCUUCAAAUCCGUGGGAAAUUGCAAAAAGCUAUUUUCCACCAGAUGGAUAUGAGCGUAUAAGGUCUAUUCAAGAGACUGAUUUCAACGGAAUGAUUAGUUUUAUGUUGAAUUGCUCGCACUUUGACAGAUUGUUUUCAUUUACCAUAGCGACAGCACCAAACCCUCCAUGUCUCCUUACAAAGGCUCGAUUUAUUUGCAAAAAUGUUCGUCAUUCAUCCGAGUUUAAACUCACAGACGCUGAACUGCAUGACCACUGCACAACACUCGCAGAUAUUUUGAAUGAUCCAUAUUGCCUAGCUCAAGAUCAACAUGCACAAGAGGCGUUGAGAAAACUGACAAUGCUGCAACUCGAAACGUUACAGAUCCCGGAAAUGAUCCGUUUACUAGAACAUUCCACUACUCAGAAAUGUGAACUGUUAACAUUAAAUGCAGUGAACGAAAUUAAGGCUUAUGUAGAGAACAUUAAGAGAGAAUUAGAGACUCCGACUAAAAAGAAAAGUUACAUUCAAGAUUGUGAAGCGCUUAAACAAAGAAUAACGAAGUAUUACAACACACAUUUAUGGCACACACCAUUAUCUGUAUUAAAGCCGCUCCAAGAUAUACCGUUGAUGGAUAUAUAUGUUCCGCCAAAGAUAUUAAAACUUGAAAAUGUAAAUGACCAAUCACAAACAGACGGCAUGCAGCUUAAAACGUAUAAAGAUAUUCUAAAGAGGGACACACGCAAUCGUCCUAUCUUCUUAAGGGGGGAUCCUGGGACAGGCAAAUCAACAUUCGCAGCUAAGCUAGUUUUAGACUGGUGUUAUGUUUCGUCCAAUUUGGAACCGACUCCUGACAAAGAAACACUUUUUGGUGAUCUACACACACUUCAUGAAUAUGAUUUCCUUUUUCUGGUGACACUAAGAGAUUCGCCGGAUCAGCGAGAAGUAAUGCAUAUGAUUAAAGAGCAGAUUAUUGACAAUAUAUAUGCAGACAUGGACCAGGCUAAAGUGUACGAACUUCUUCAAGAAGUAAUGCAAAAAGAGCGAUGUCUAUUAAUUCAAGACGGUAUAGAUGAGUGGUGUCAUUAUAAAGGAAAACAAUGCACGCCGUUGCUGCAAACCUGUUACGACCGCUGUACGGUGUUGAUCACAACUCGUCCUUGGAAAAUCGCAGAGUCUAUAAAAGAUUCAAACAUUGGCAUCUUACUUGAAAUAAAAGGAAUAAGCAAUCCAUAUAGACUAGCUGAAAACAUAUUCGCAUUGACGCAUAGUAAACAUGUGGAAUGUUUGGAAUUCAAAGCGUACAUCAAUACACAUGCGCUAAAGGAAUUUUUGCCCGUACCGAUGAUGCUCACAAUAAUUGCUUGCUUGUGGAUAGACGGGGUUAGCUUAAACGGAUCUUUGUGCAAAAUCUUCAGUACUCUGCUUGAAAGCCUUCUGAAAAAAGUAACCCAUGAACAUGGGUUUUUUGAUGAUUCUCACCUAAAUUGUUUCAAGGACACUUUGUUCAUAAAACCGAAUAUUACAUGUUUGAAGGCACUUGCUAAGGUGGCGUUUCAUAGUAUUUUUUCCUUUGAAAGGGAAAAGUCAUUUGUGUUUAGUGAAAAGUUAUUGUAUCAGUAUUUGUCGCAUGAAACAGAAAAAGAAAACAUACAUCGUUUUGCGCUUCAUGUCGGUAUUUUAACUCAGCGAAGAAGUUCACCCUUUAAGAAUACAUCAGCAACUUUUUCAUUUGUUCAUAGAAGUAUCCAAGAGUUUCUGGCUGCGAUUUAUAUUGCUGACAAUAUGGGCGUCAUCGAUGGUGACUUGAGCGACUUUGUUACGAAGUCUGAGGACAAUCAUCAGUAUUUAAGCGAUGUGUUUAAAUAUCUUUGUGGACUAAAUAUCAAUGCUGCAAACAAUUUGUCGUGUGUUUUGUACAACCACGUCGCUAGAAUUAGUACAAGUCAGCCUCAUUUCUUCGAAAGUCGUACUUUUCAGAAGAUAUUGAUAUCAGGAUAUAAAGAAGCAUUAGCAAACGGUUUUAAGCAAAGCCAAAUCCACUUGAGAAUAAGUCACAUUUAUUGUGAUGUUUCAAGUUCAUGCAAAGCUGACUUCGAAAUAGUAACUCGUAUCCUGGAGGCCAACAUAUCGAAUUUGCGUUCCUGGUAUAUAUUGGAUGAUACAUUGCGUCCUUUCAAACGUUUCCCUGAAGAAACAAAAGAUAUUACGAAGGACGAAAUAAACCGCAGGUAUACGGUGCUUCAAGGUAAAUAUGAAUUAUUUGAUCUUUCGCCGUUCGCUAAUCUGGAAAGAAUACACCUGAUUGGGAUAGUGAAAUUGUUACCGAAGGCAUUAUGCAAUCUGCCUAAUCUGAAACACAUUACAAUACAUACCUACGUUACGCAAAUAGACUGUUUAGAUUUGUCUGCAAGUCAGUGGCUGGAAACUGUUGACGUCGGCCACAUAACAGUGGUACUUCCAACUAUUCUACACGGAACAACUCUAAAAUUCAGUGGUAUUUGCGAUCCUUUGAAUUUGUCUUUGUGUCACAAUCUGGAAACAGUCGAACUCAGUUCAGAAGUGAAAUUAACACCGAAUGCAAUAAGUCCGCAGUGCAAUAUUAAGAAUCUAAAAGUGCUUGGGUCAUGUGACCGUUUGAAUUUACCAUAUAAUCAUUAUAUACAAACACUACAUAUUAGUGAUUGUGUAAGGUUGCUACCUGUUUCACUUCGGGGAAACAUCAAACAAAUUAAAUUAAACUGUAUUUGUAGCGGAUUGGAUCUUUCUUCGUGCAUUAACCUACAAGAUAUUGAGCUGGGAACUAGAAUUACAUUAGCACCAUUGUCCGUUUCACUGCUACCCCAUGCAAAAAAACUAAAGUUGAAUUGCACGUGUGACGAGUUAGACUUGCAGAACUGCUAUAAUCUAGAACAAAUCGAACUCGGCGAUAAAAUAACGCUAUCACCAGAAGCCCUUUGCGGAAGAUUUAAACACUUAAAAUUCAACGGAAAAUGUUUUGGGUUAGAUUUGAAAUAUUGCAACGAUCUUGAAACAAUUGAACUCGGUUAUGACGUAAACUUGCUACCGGGGUCUUUCCCUUGUCGAAUGAAGUCCAUAUCCCUCAUAUGCAAAUGUGUCGCAUUAGAUUUAUCAUUGUGUGUUAGUCUUACCGACAUAGCUAUCGGGGAACGAGUAACAUUGGAACCAACUGCGCUUAGUGAGAAUGUCCAACAUCUUGAUUUACAAGGUGUAUGUAGUGAAUUAGAUUUGUCAAAGUGUAACAAAUUAAAAACAAUAUUUGCGGGCAGCGAUAUAACACUCACAACCAAUUGUCUGACUAAUUGCAAAGAGUUGACAGAUCUCGUAUUGCUUGGUACAUAUCGUGAAUUAAAUUUGUCAUUACACACUAAUUUAAAUAAGCUUCAAACUACAUUCAAAAUGGAAAGUUUGUCACUAAAAUGUAAUUGCCAGUUUCGGAAAAAUUACUCCGAUACACUUGACGCUCUUCAGUUAAACCAAAACGACAUACGUGGUCUCGGUGAAGAUUGGUACUUCUUGCUUAAUACCGUGCGUGAUUUCAAUGUACGAAGGAUAAACAUUACAUCAAAUAAGCAACGUACUGACUUGUUCAGUAUAGAAUUAUUUCGAAAGAGCAUGAAGGGUACAACGUCAAAUGAGUCAAAAAUAAAAGUUGUACAGAUGGCAUUGAUCAGCAUUGAAGUGUCAACAUCAUUCCUUCAACGUUUAUUCAAUUCGCUGUUGAUCUGCACUCACAAUGUGAAUUUACAAAUUGAACGUUGUCAAGUGUCCACACUCGACAAUCAGAACCACUUCGUGGAAAAGCUUUGUAUCAAUAUCUUCAAUGGUUCAUUUAUAAUAAACAAUAUGGAUAAUAAAUUAAUUGAAAUGUAUGAGCUUUUGCAAGGUAGAUUUGGACAGAUUAAUGAGAACCCGGUAUUACUAAGAAGUUUAGUUGAUGAAAUAACCCCCAAUAUUCAAAUACCACAUUCACGUAUUCACCUUAUUAUCGUAAAUAAACUAUUAUCGUCACAACAAUUGCGCAAACUGGUAUUUCAUUUGUCAACUGUGGAUUGCCCAAUGGCCUGUCACCUGAUGCUUUCAUGUGAUUUCGGUUCAGAUGUCAUGCAUUUGCGAAAAGGUCAAAUGGUGUCCAUUGAAUACGUGGGUAUUCAGGCGUGGAAGUAUGUGUAUUCACUUCGAGCCGAAAGAACCAUAUAUAUUCGGACGCGACAAAGUUAUGUUUCUCUAGUUGAUGAUAGUGAUAAUAUGGAAGCGCUGGAGGACCCUUUUAACUUCUCUAUGAAAGCGCUGGAGUGCCCUUCUAACUUAUCUGUUAGAAAUUGUGAGUUGUGCUGAUGCAUUACCACUCAUUUUAAGCCUGGAGGACAAGGCGGACAGCGAUUUGUCAGAUGAUGUAAGUCACAAUCCCAUCAUCAUUCAUAGAGAUAUAAAGCCAGAAAAUAUGUUGCUGUCAAAGAGUUUUGACAAUGCAAAACUUUGUAACAUGGGACUUUCAAAAGUUAAAGUAAUUAAUACCAUGAACAUUACAAUUGCAAAUGCUAGAGAAAUGCAGCCGGGUACCCCAGUUGAUCAAGCUCCAGAGAUACUUCUUUAUGGUGGAUCUGCAAAACAAAAAAAGUCAGACAUUUGGAGUUUAAGUUGCACAAACAUAGAAUUGUACACUGAAAAAACUGUUUGGAACUCAGAUCGUACAUCGUGUGAUGAAGACGAGGGAGAUAACUAUGUGCAAAUAAUCAUUAACUGCAUUGAAAGAAAGAAAUUCCACAUGGAGUUUCUAAAAUGGAAAUUAUGCAACUAUGUAUCUCAUCUCAUUAUGAAAUGUCAAAGCGUCCAUCUGCAAUAGAAUUUUGCAAGGUUCUCUCCUAAACAUCACAUCUGGUUACAUUGCAUCAUUGCUAAGAUUUCUUUGCUCUAAUGUAACUUUUGAUAUAUUCUGGUUAUUCACAACCGAUUAACUGAAAAUGGCACUGAAAUCACAAGAGUAAACAUCAAGUAUUAAUCUGAAAAGUUUUUGUGUUACAAGAGUUACUGUUAGUUUUAGCAAAUUACAGUUUAUAUGUCUAGAUAGAUAAAUCUUUGUUUGAAUGUUCUUAUAUCAAAGAUAAAUCUUUACUUGAAUGUUCUUAUAUCACUUUUAAAAUAAAUGCUAACAUUUUUGAAAAGAAAUAUGUCAUGUUGAACUUUUUUAAAACCAUUAUGUUAACCAUUUUGUUGUUGUUUUGUUUGAAUGUUCUUAUAUCAAAUAUAAAUCUUUGUUUGAAUGUUCUUAAAUCACUUUUAAAAUAAAUGUUAAUAUUAUACCAUCCUUCAUGUAAAAUCUUGUCAAUUUGUACCUCGACUUUUCAAAACGUAAGGGGAGCUAUUCCUCUCACCUAGGCGUUGACAUUGGCAUUACGCUCUGUCUAAGUGUUUGAACCUCCGAAGAUGUUUUCUAAGUCACUUAAGAUAUUUCACACUUACUGAUAAAAAUGACCCCUUUUCAUUGGCAAGAGUAAGUAACUCUGUCAUGCAUUUUAUUAAAAUUAUGACCCUUUUUGUUCUUGAGAAAAUAUGUCCAGCUUUGCGUACUACAUCAAAUAUUUUCAAUUAUUUUCAAAUCCCUCAAUAUAUUGUUGUAAGAUUUUUCACAUUUUGUUACCCAUCAUGACCCCUUAAACCUCUUAGCAAGUGUAGACUACUCUGUUAAGCUUAAUGUUAUGGUUGUUUUACAAAUUGUAUUUGAUUAAAUGCCACAUGCUAUGAAAAUAUUAUAUUCCUCAGCUUUGUACAAGUGUUGGCAUUAUCCUUUUAAAUAUCAUUAUAAUGAAAAUAAACUAUGAAAAUAA